GUUGGGUGGGAAUGGCAGUGGUAGUGGGAGUGUGUACUUUUUUAGCCACACCACUUUGUGUAAAUCCAUCAAUAUUUACUGAUAAUACGUAGGAACAUAUGCAUAUGCUUUCUCAGCCCGCCAGCGAGUCGUACUAGUAAGUACAAUGGCUUCGCUACGUCAGUCGGCUUCUGGAUCGAGGAGUUGCGUCAAAGUGUCUCCGAUCGUCGAUCUUGUUUGUCGCCGAACCAUCUCUCUGUGGGGACUUCACCUGCGAAUCCCCGGACCUAGAGAUACACUAUAGUAUGUGCGUGAAUGAUAUCGCCGAGCGAGUCGGCCCAAGCUUUCAAAGCUUUCCGCUGUCGUAUAAAUGUUGGCAAUACAAGGGCGACUGGGCUUAGAACCAUUCCGCCAAUCUAGCAGUGCAGACCUCGGCAACGAAUCCGAAGAGCAGAAAGUGUUCCCACUGGACUAACUUGGCGAUCAUGACCCACAAGCCGUGCAAGGGCCCACGUCUGGGCGUGCGGCAUCUGCAGUCGUUCCUGCUCUUCCUCGGCCUCACCGUGAUGCACAUCGCCCGGCUGAAUGUGAGUGUGGCCAUUGUGGCCAUGACAAAUGCGGCCACCACGAAUCCCAAUUUUCCGGAGUACGAAUGGACGUUGAAACAAAAGUCGUAUAUACUCUCCAGUUUCUACUGGGGCUACAUCCUGACCCUGUGUCCUGGCAGCUUCCUGUGCCGUCGCUACGGCGCCAAAGUGGUCCUCUUUGUGGCCAGUUGUGGCACUGCCGUCUUCAGUCUGAUGACCCCGUGGUGCAUCACCUGGGGCGGCUGGCAGGUGUUCUGCGCCAUCCGCAUUCUGCAGGGCUUGUUCCAGGGCGUGAUCUUUCCCUGCGUCACGGAGCACCUGGCCAUGUGGUCGCCACCGGAGGAGAGGAAUCGCCUGGGCGCCUUCAGCUACACGGGCACGGAUUGCGGCACUGUGCUGGCCAUGUUCAUAAGUGGCAUGAUUGCCAAGGGCGCAAUGGGCUGGCCGGGCAUAUCCUAUGUGUCCGGAGCCCUCUGCGCCGCCUGGUGCUUCCUCUGGCUGAUCUUCGCCUCCAACAAUGCCACCGAGUCCCGAUUCAUUGGCGAGGCCGAGUGCAAGUACAUCGAAUCCUCGCUGGAGCACAAUGAGGACUUCCACGAUCGCACCAUACCCAUACCCUGGAAGGCGAUCUGGACUUCUGUGCCCUUCCUGGCCCUGCUGGUAACCCGGUGCGCAGAGACCUACGGACUGAGCACCCUACAGGCGGAGAUUCCCUCCUACAUGAACGGUGUCCUCAACAUGGAGAUCCAGAGCAACGCAGUCUUCUCAUCGCUGCCCUUCCUGGCCAUGUGGCUGCUGUCCUAUGUCUAUCUGAUUGCCGCCGAUGUGCUGCUCAAGAAGAAGAUCCUUUCGCUGACCUCCGUGCGUAAGCUGUUCAACACGCUCUCCUUUUGGAUACCGGCCGCCGCCCUGAUCGGCAUUGGAUUCCUCAGCGAGGAGAACAAGAAUCUGGCCAUUGUGCUGAUGACCGUCUCGGUGGGUGUGAACAGUGGAGCCACCAUCGGUAGCUCCCUGAACUCCAUCGAUCUGUCGCCCAAUCACGCUGGCAUAUUGAUUGGCUUGAGCAAUACGGUGGCGAACGUUAUACCCAUCCUCACACCACUGAUUGCGGGUGAGAUCGUGGCUGAUAAGCACAAUCGCGGCCAGUGGCAGAUCGUCUUUGGACUGGCAGCUGUCAUAUUCUUCAUGGGCAAUAUGGUCUUCAUCAUCUGGGGAACGGCCAAGGCGCAGCCCUGGGAUGCAGAUGACUUCCUGAAGCCCAAGGACGCGGAGUCCGCUUGCCAAAAGUCCAAGUCCAUUGGCGCAGAGGUCGCGCCGCCCAUCGAUCCCGUCCUGGAGCAGCAAAUCAGUUGGCCGGAGCGGUAUACGGCCAAAGCCAUCGAGUGAUUUGUGGCGGAAGUGUCCGCUCGGCGAGAACAAUUGCUUUUGUUAAUCAGUAUUAACCAUAAGUAGGCUGUAAUUUAUAUUUAUUCUAUUUAUAAGGCGUGACCGUAGCACGAGGCUUAAGUAAAUUAUUUUCAAUUGAAUCGCAUUGUUGUUACCAAUCGCUUGUGAUUUCGGCACUCGAAUCAAGGAAGAGCCCCGAUAGGCCAGCGCAAUCUAAUCAGUUAAUUUAUCUCAUAAAUGUAUAUAAGUACCUUAUUUAUAUUGAAUUGCUGCCCAUGCGACCAAUUGUCAAUGGCUGAAGCUAAUUCUGAGUACUUUGCACUGCCUCACUUUCUCGACGGGGUUCAAAGAAAACAUUUGCCACAGCUGUUUGUGAAUGUAUAAUACUCGUGUGAUCAAAAUUGUGAUACUUUUGUUAGAAAUAAACUGUUGACUUGUUUCUCCGUU